CCUCCGCCCCGGGCGCUAAGGACAGUAGUGAGGCAGCAGAAGGAGCAGGCCCCUGGGAUGAAGAGGUCACCAAAUGGUGGGGGGAAUGGAGCUCCUGGUCCACAUGCUCCCGUACCUGUGGGGGAGGAGUGAUGUCCCGGGAAAGGCACUGCUUGCGGCAAAGGCUCCACCUAUCCCAGGGCACGAACAGCACCAUGUGUGGGGGCCAAUCCAAGCACUACCAGCUGUGCCAGCAACAGCCUUGCCCAGCCAAUACGGCCAGCUUCAAACAACAGCAGUGUGCCACCUUCAAUGCCAAGGCCUUUGGGAAGCAUUAUUAUCACUGGAUGCCUCUCUACCCAGAUGAUUACACCAGUAUCUCCAACAAGCCUUGUGACCUCCAGUGCACCACCAGGAGUGGAGAGAGACAGUUGAUGGCCCGAGCACAGGACGGCACAUCCUGCAAAGACAGGACGUACCAGGGGGUCUGCAUCAAUGGCAAGUGUGAGCCGGUUGGGUGCGACGGGAGUCUCUACUCAUCCCGGACGAUGGACAGAUGCAGAGUGUGUGGAGGGGACGGCAGCACUUGCUACCGGGUCUCAGGCAGCUUCCGAAAGGGGAUCUCACAGUUAGGCUAUGUGUUCAUCACAAACAUCCCUGCCGGUGCCACGGACAUUCUCAUCAUUGAGCGCCGGAAGACUGAGAACAUCCUGGCACUGGCGGAUGAAUCUGGGCACUUCUUCUUCAACGGAAACUCAGCCAUUGACAAUCCCCAGAACUUCCGGGUGGCUGGCACGGUGUUCAAGUACCGCCGCCCUUCCAACCUGCACGCGGAUGGCCUGGAGUACAUCAUUGCCCAGGGCCCCACCAAUCAGUCUCUGAAUGCCAUGUACUAUAACUUCAAUGGGAAAAUGCCCCAUAUAACAUAUGACUACACUGUGCCACACGUGCCCUCGGCAGCUCUCCGAACAGCUGCCCCUGCUCUUGAGGCACCUCUCUACCUUCAUCUACCAGACUCCAGCCCCAAACAUCCAGCCCCAGUCCCAGCAGACUCUGGGACUGUGCAUGAUUUCAAUGCCACUUGGCUGUCUCUCUCCUCGGACGAUGUCAGUGACCGGUUCCCACCUGGGGAAGAGCAUGGAGACCUGAGCUUCAACAGCCAGGACUUCUUCCAGAGUAACUCCACCACUCAGGCCGGGCCCUGGGGCUGGGAAGAGAGGGAAGAGGAAGGAGAGAAGUUUGGCUUCCAGAUCAGACAAGUCUACCAUGCAAAUGGAGCGGGCAAGGAGGAGGAGGAGGAGGCAGCGGCAGUAGGUGGAGAAACAGAUUUGGCCCCCAGCUUAAAUCAGAUUUCCAUCAGCACAGCCAUGCCCUACAGCGUGAUGAGGCCCGAGCUUCCAGAGAGCAGUGGGAUUGGGGCAGCCAGGUUCCAGCUCUUCAGGAGAUUGUGCCACCGGGACCCACAAAACGCUGCCUUUUGCAGGGAACUGCAGUACCUGGCUGCCAAGAUGGGCUGGAAGAACUCAACCGCGAGGCUGUGGAAUGAGCUGGUGGCCGGAUGGCCAGAAGGGCUGCGCAAAGGGCCUGCCAAUAUGAACUUGCUGGAGAGCACGAAGACCAAGGCUUAUGCAGAGAGCCAGGAGGAGGCAGCUAACUACAGUAUGAUUACAAGUGUGCAGAACCCCCUGCUGGGUUCCAACUCAAGCCUCCACACUGCCCUCGGGAAUAGCCAUCCGGCAGAACCCCUUCAAGCCCCUGGCCCUGAAAGCAACGAGUUUGAUGUGAGCCCCCUGGGCCAUGAUGACAUCAGCCUGGCCGACAUGUACCGGUGGAAGGUCUCCGCCUAUGCUCCCUGCAGCUCCACAUGCACUUCAGGCAUCAGCAUCUCCUAUGCCAUGUGUGUCCGGUACGAUGGAGUGGAAGUAGAGGAAGUGUACUGUGAUGCCCUGACCCGCCCAGAACCCACUCAUGAGUUCUGCACAGGGAGAGAAUGCCAGCCCAGGUGGGAGACCAGCCGCUGGAGCGAGUGCUCCAGGACCUGUGGGGAGGGCUACCAGUACCGGACCGUGCGCUGUUGGAAGAUGCUGGCUCCAGGUUUUGACAGCUCUGUUUAUGACGAGCUGUGUGAGUCUGCCGGGCUGGCCAGGCCUAUGGAGAGGAAAGCGUGCAAGAACAAGGCGUGUGGGCCCCUGUGGGAGCUCUCUGAGUGGUCAGAGUGCUCUGCUCGAUGCAGCAGUCAGGGGAUGAUGAAGAGGGAGGUACGCUGCUCAGUAGAGCCAGGCUUCUGCGAUGAGGCCCUGAAGCCUGUCAGUGAGAAGGAGUGCACAGGCCCACCCUGUGACCGGCGCUGGAUUGCCUCUGACUGGGGACCGUGCUCAGGUUCGUGUGGCAAGGGGCGGAUGAGCCGCUUUGUCGUGUGUCGCAACCUGGAGGGGAAGGUGAUCUCGGAUUCUCAGUGUGACCCGGCUGUCAAGCCUCUGGCUAUCUACCCCUGUGGGGACAAGAACUGCCCUGCACACUGGGUGGAGCAGGAAUGGGACCAGUGUGACGCCAGCUGUGGCCGGGGGGUGAAGACCAGGAGCGUGCUGUGUGCUGGCCUGGAGAAUGGCAUGUACAGGGAGUAUCCGGAAAAGCACUGCAAUGCCUCCCAGAAACCCGAGGUGCAGGCGGCCUGUUUCAAGAGGCCUUGCUCUACGUGGUUCACGACCUCCUGGUCUCAGUGCAGUAAGACAUGUGGUGCCGGCCUGCGGCUCCGAGAGGUGAAGUGCUACCAGGGAGAUGCUCUGGGACACGGCUGUGACCCAGCUUUCAAACCCGAUGCCAAGCAGACAUGCCAGCUCCAGGUGUGCCCCACGGAGGCACCAGGAGAAGACUGUGAAGACAAAACGACAGCCAACUGCGUGCUGGUGCUCAAGGUGAAGCUGUGCUCCCAUUGGUACUACAGGAAGGCCUGCUGCCGGUCAUGUAGGAGUAAGGCAUCCUGAUGGCUGCCACACCACACUUCCCUUCCAAGAUCAAGGGGCAAGAUCCCCUUAGAAAUAGACUCCACCAUAAACCCCUUUUCUAUGACAGAAGCCAUUCCACCUGGGGUGCUCCGUCACAGAGCCAGUCCCUGUAGAACAUCCUGCUGAGCUAGGAAGGAUUCCUUGGGCACUCACAGCAACAACAGUCCCCUCUUCACCUAUAGGAUUUUAGAGAGAGACCAGAACUUCCUCCAAAGCAACCAGAGCCUGGGUAGUGUGGGAGGUUGGUCCCUGCCCACCAUCACCACCAAGGAGAUGCUCCUCUUCCCCACCACACUGCUAAUUCGUGGCCCUACUCCUGCUGGGUCUGCACCCAGAGCUUCAGGGAUGUGACAAGGAGUCCCAGCAAGAGAUGGCCAAGCGUGUACCACAGCUGGCAGCAGCUAGGCCAGCUGCUGUACCCUCCAGCCACAAGGUCAAUUUUCAAACAAAAAAGUCAUUUGACAGUAAAGCAAUAACCCAUCCAUUUGUAUUUCCUGCGCAUGUGUGUUCAGGCAUGGAAGGGGGGCAGAACUGGAAUGGAUGGGAGGGCGUAUGUGCCCCAAGAUGGCUUCCAGUGCAGCACUGUGUAAAACCUGCCUGGCCCUGAUCAAAGAAGAGAAACUGCCCGCUUGAUAGUUCAAAGUCCUCAUUUAUUACUGACAUUCACUCUGUAUUCACAGCUGAGCAACAAAGAUGUAGAGCAACAAGUCUGACUUCCCUGUUCCUUCCCUCACCCCUUAGCAGCUCUGAAGCUACAUUUUGGGCUCCCACUUGAGUUGUGUAUUUCUCACUUUUAUACUUAUCCACAUGUUCCAGCACACGUGCAAAAUGUGUUUAGUAUUUCAUGUGUGAUGGGGGUCUUCAGCUGCAGUGUACUACCAACCUCAGACCACUUUGCCUCACUCAGGGCCACAUUAGCCUGCUAGAAGCCUAUGGGUCACGUUUAAUGUGUGUACAAUGGAGCAAACCACAGCUAUCUUCCCUUUUAACAGAGGUGUGACCCACAGAGCCUACAGCCUGUCAUAUAAUGCACCACUUUGAUUCCAGCAACCUUCACUGGGAAGAGGUAGCAUUGCAUGCUAGGGCCUUUAGUCUCCUUGGGCCAUCCCUUCAUAUUUAAGAGGCAGUGCUUUGUCUAGCCCAUGGGCUGCACUUUGACCACCGCAGGUCUUGUGGAGGUUAAGUUCAGGCUGGAGGGCUAGCUAAAGCAGGUACUAGCAUAUGAAAGGAUAGGACUUGCUGAGUUAGACCAAGGAAAACCCUAUCAGACUGUAUCACCAGGGGAGUUUGCUGGUUGGGAUAGGAAGCCAAUAGGAGCAAUGGGCUAUUGAACACUUGGGGUCAGAGGCCUGUAUUGCUACUACCGCCCUCCCAACAUCAGCUGGCUUUUUCUCCCGGGGUUGUUAAGAAGACACUUAAGAGGCAACUGCCAUAUGAGGGAGAACUGGAGAAUAUUCUAUUUAGGGGUCGCAGUGAGGACAGAAUGACUUAAGGGCCACGGAGUAUCAGGAUGCAAAGUCUUUCAGUUUUAAGGUCUUGGUUCAAAUACAGACCAGCAGGCGACCAGUGGCCGUUCAAUUAUCUACACCAAACAGGUUGGUUCCUGAUAGAGAGACACUCACGUCACAUGCACCACCAUCACGUUUGGCACUAAUCUGCUCCCUCACUGGCAGUCUCAGAAGGGACGCCAAAGAGUGAACUUUCCUCUCACCUGCUAAUGUGGAUCCUGCAGCUCUCAGCAGUGCUAUGUCUCAGCACCAUGUCAUGCCUCAGCUGUGGAUAAACAGAGAAUAUAAAGGCUGUCAGUCAGUCCAGCACCUUUCAUGGAUUUAGACUAUUUCCUCUGUCACAACUUAUAGUUCUAAAUAAUUCUGCCUAAAUAUCAUGGUCGUGUGUUAAACAUACUCUAGCUAUCAUCACUAAGGAAAUUUGUGUGGCAGCAGGAACUUAGCUUUAUAGGUUCAUCUGCAACCAAUUUGUACUCUCCACCUGCACUCACGGGACCGUGUGUUGGGGACCCUGCAGCUGGCUGCCAUGGAAGUGGAUCAGAAUGACAGAUGUGCCUUUUUAGUAAUUUUUACCUAGUUUGGUAUUGGAGUAAAACAUAAUCUCCAUGUCCAUUUUGCAGAGAGGUGGACUGGAUGGUCUAGCUCAGUGGUUGUCAACAUUUUUCAUGCGGUGACCCCAUGUUACCCCAGAAAGUAGGUCUGGGCUUCCAAUCUAGCCCCAAAGAAAGGAAAGGCAAUCAUGAGCCCCCUAAAGACCUGUCUGUCUGAGUGAUUCCCCCCACUGGUGGUCAUGACCCCAAGGUCACGGUCUAGUAGGUCUUUUCCAUCCCUAUUGCUACUGUAAGCAGAAUCCGUCCUAAACAGACUAUUCCUCGGUUUCCCAGAAGAUGGCAGUGGGCCUUUCAGGGCUUUGCACACUGCAGAAGAUCAAAGCUUUCAUUCUUUAAUAGUGCAAUUUUUCCUUUCAAUAAAACCUUGCACUUUUUAUGCCUCUAAAUUAAACCACUCCUAAAAAAGUCUGUGAAGAUUAAAGUUUUUUGUUUUUGUUUUUUUUUUGGCAGCAGCAGGAUCAUCAUCUGCAUUGUUAGCAUAUGUCAGUAAUUUCACUAGUCCCCUUUUCUCCCCCUCAUAAUUAUCUAAAGUAGCCAGGGAGAGGUUAUUCUAUUUUACAGACACUAGCAUUCAAUUGCAACUAAUGUGAUACGAAGGGAAGAAAAUGAUCGAACUAUCUGUUUAUUUGCUUCUCUAUUAGCUUUCAUCAAGAGUGUUAGAACUCCCGGCACACUGGCUGGAGCUUCACCCUCUCUCUCUUCCUCCUUUCUAAUGCCGCAGCCAUUGCUGGGGCCGACAGCUCCCAGAAUGACGUCUUGCUCUCGCUGAAUGUACUCAGUUCAUCCAUACUGGAGGCCAGUGAUAUUGCCUUGGAAAGUGACAAGUAGGAUUUGCUUAGUGUAGACACCAAAGACCUUAUUAAGGACUCAAGGGAAUAAGGAGAGUCACAAGUGUUUUGAUAACUAAGUUAGUCUGUACUGUACAUAGCCCUCAUUAGACAAGUCCCUUCCGUAGAUACAGUGGAAUAAUAAUUACACUUGUGAUAGGUUCAGAAAUCACCACGUUCAAGCUCUUCAUUCAAAUGUCCCAUGAAAGCUUACAGUGAUCUGGACAGAUCAACAUCCGGACCACGCUGGGUUUCUCACUUAGCUGUUGAUGUUUGUUUGAGGGCUCCUCUCCUUUGCAAGAAACCUCACUGAAAUAAAUGGAGCCCCCGUCCCUCGAUGGCCGUCUCAUUGGCGCACACUGUGAGAUAG